AUGGCGGACCAAGAUGAAACAAAUAUCGAGAAACAAGCCCUGCUGGAUGAUGAAUCCGAAGAGAAGUUCGAGAGCAGCAGUGGAGUGACCCCGAGCGAUAAGUCAGCUCCUCGUCCAUUCAAGAAAUGGAUGGACAGCUUUCGAGGACGGAAACACGAGUCUUCCGCAUCAUCCCAGCGGCGUUACGUGGAUGGCUGGUCAGAUUCGUCUUCUCAUGGCUCGCAAGGUCACCAGUCGACUGCAUCCGACUCAUCGCACCUCGGAACCGUCAAAACAACCACAGCAAGCAUUGGAAGCCAGAGUUUGAUAAGAUCGAGGACAACUAUCCAAAGUACGACAAACCAGAGCACACUAUCAGAUGCGCGUCAUUCAGGCGACAGCUCCCGGCCAACCUCCAGUCACCAAGCUGAUGAGGCUGCGGAGACACGGGCCACCAGACGGCGCCAUAUCCUACAGGAACUUGUCGAGACUGAGUCUGAUUAUGUACUUGGUCUGAAGGCUCUUAUAGGGAUCCUUACGAUCUUUGAUACGAGGCGCGAAAUCUAUGGCAACAUCCAGGAGAUCCUUGGAAUACACGAACGAUUUUUGACCCAACUCCAGACGGCAUCUCCCUUGUCAGCACCUCAGGCUCAACAUGCAGGCGCCUCUGAGCUUGCGUCUCGUGGAAUCACCAAGCGUAUAGGGACUCUUGAUCUGGGCAGCCUGAAAGGACUUCAGCAACGCUCCUUAAGGACUCGAUCACUGAAGGCAUCGGUCAAUCAACGCCUGCUGGCACUCACUGCUGAACCAGCAGAGGCACUAGAAGUUGCCCGUGAAGUUGGGAAAUUGUCACUUUCAUUCCCUACGUACGACCAAUUUUGCAGCAACUAUGAACUAUUGACACAAGACGUUGCUCUCUUGCGCCGGUCAAUUGCCAACUGGACAAUAUAUGAUCAAGGAAUCGAGGCGCUUUCAAAGUCGGUCGCGUCCACUGAGCGACGCAGACAAGAGGACAACAAAUCAAUGACAUUGAAUGACUUGUUAAUAAAGCCCAUCCAACGUCUCUGCAAAUACCCCCUUGUACUACAAGAUCUGCUCAGAUCUACCCCUGUCAGUGAUUGCCCGUCUUCCCAUGACGGAAUUGAGGCAGUUUUGGAAACCAUACGGGGGCUGGUAACACGGAUCAAUUUGGCCACUGGAAACCCGAUCAAUAAAGAUCGCAUCCACAAAACAAUCGUUCUCCAGGGUAAGGUGGAUAUCUCAAAAUCGCACGCACUCCAGAGUAUAUAUAAAGACCUAGGCCCGUUGGUCCUGUGCGGUGUACUCCAUGUCACAUAUCAAACGGCGGAAACCACCAGCGGAGAGUUCAUGGUCUGUGUGCUUUUUCAACGUUACCUUCUCUUUGCCAAGGGAAUCGAUGACCAGCGUCGACUGGAAGCAGUGGCCUGUGUCUGUCUAGACAGUCUCAAGAUCGAUACGCUUCGAAAUGGACGAGGACUCUAUUCAUACGGAUGUAUAUUUUCAUGGAAGCUCCUGUUUGAGAACCAAGAUGAGAACCACGAAUUUGUUCUCAGUGCAUCAUCGGCAGCGGAAGAAAAGGAAUGGAAUACUCAGAUUCUCAAAGUGUCGGCCGCUUUGGUCGAAACGGCCCAGCCUAGGACGUGGGAGCCAAGGAAACAUUCCUUCUUGGCCCUCCCACUGUUGCCUCUUGACCAUGUCCAAUACACAGUGUCUUCGAUGGCGCGGAGGUCAUCGAUGGAUUCAACGACAAUCUCCCGCAAGUUCCGUAUCCAACAUGUAGUCAUUAAGAAAACUCACUACCCACGCCACACCGAAGAACCAGUCACGCAGACUGAAGGCGAGAUUGAACGGCCUAAGACACCUGUUGACCGCUCUGCAUUGACAUUGACCGCUCGCCGGAUUGACCGAAUCCGGCUGGAGCGACUGAUCUCAGAUGUCUACACUUCAGACCUCCUUCCAUCGCCAGGGAUGGUUCUUGGAAGGGGUGACCUAUUCCGACGUGGUCCAAUCAUGAGACGGCUCACCCUUCGCCCGGGGAUUACCAGACGGUCGACCUCCGUCAGUACAUUCCAUCCAAGAGCAGGAUCAACCGAGAUGCGCUCUGAGGAGGAGAACGAGGGAAUGGACAAGGAGGCAGCAGGCAGCAGCCAGAUAGGGGAGGAUAAGGAAGUCGAGUGUGAGUUGCCUCGGACACCCACCACGCCUCGGCGGUCAAAGACAUUCCUUUUCAAAGGCUCACCCAAGAACCCCGCAUCGUCUGUCUCCUCGCCCCGUAGCGACAAGCGACGGAGUCAGGAUGGAAGUUUCGAGACAUCUCCAUCUUCCAAGAAGUGGUCGUCUCCCCAGAAGUGGUCGUCUCCGAAGAAUCUCUUUAGUGCGUUCGCAUCCAAGAAGCCAAAAGACCCGAUCUCAAGCUGA